ACAUGAGCCUCACACAUCCCAGGAAUAUAUCAAGCCACACAAGUACAUCAGUACAUUAUACAGUAAUAUUCACUCUACACAGAACACACGGACUCUCACUCUACACAGAACACACGGACUCUUUAGAUUCAGUCAAAUACAACAUCUAUAUCUAGUUGUUCAGUUCAAAUUCAUGUAAUUGAAUUUCAUUGGCAUCGAAUAAGCCCAUAUGGAGAAUAAGCCAUUUCUUGAGAAAGCUAGUGCAAGAAUGUCGAAACCCUCUUCGAUUCCUUCAGUGCUGUUCCCUGUUCCUGAAGAUGAUAUUAUAUUUUCAUCCCUGCCUCUUACCCCUUCUGAGCUGAAAGAAAGGCUGAUUUUUGGGUCACCCCCUAAGGAUUUUUCGUCUUCUUCAAGUUUAGUUGAUGCCUUGAAUUUGACCCUGAAUUCCCCGAGACUCGCGCAUUCUGUUUCUGUUGAUUCGACGACAUCGGGGUUUUGUGACCCUAAUGGUGAAAGUCAGAGGAAGUCUUCUUUGAAUGAUUUUGAUUUUCAGAAGAGUAAUCUUCAUCGGUCCAAGACUGCACCGGCUAUGGCUGUGAUUGAUGAUUUUGUGCAUCAGGCUGUGACGAAACCACCUCAGUUUGGUUCGUCGUCUUCGAUUGUUUCUCAGGCUGUUUUGUUGUUGAUUUUGUACUUGUGUCUUGGAGUGGUUAUAUAUUGGCUGAAUAAAGAUGAUUUUAGGUCGAUUGAAACGAAUCCGGUUGUUGAUGCUUUUUAUUUUUGCAUUGUGACAAUGUGCACGAUUGGGUAUGGUGAUAUAACUCCGAAUAGUACUGUGACGAAAUUGUUCUCAGUCAUGUUUGUCUUAAUUGGGUUUGGAUUUAUUGAUAUUUUGUUAAGUGGCAUGGUUAGUUAUGUUCUUGAUUUGCAAGAAAAUCAUCUUUUGAGAACUGUCAAAGUUGGAAUAGAUCAGGAUCGGCGAUCUUAUAUAAUUGAUUUCAAGAAAGGGAGAAUGAGGAUCCGAAUGAAGGUGGCCUUGGCUUUAGGAGUUGUGGUUCUCUGUAUUGGAGUUGGAGUGACUGUUAUGCAUUUUGUCGAAAGUCUUGGAUGGUUGGAUUCACUGUAUCUUUCUGUUAUGUCGGUUACUACUGUCGGAUAUGGAGACAGAGCAUUUUCUACUAUGGCUGGUCGGGUUUUUGCAUCAAUUUGGCUGCUUGUCUCUACACUAGCUGUUGCUCGAGCAUUUCUUUACCUAGCAGAGGCUAGAGUGCAUAGGCGUCACAGGAAGUUGGAAAAUUGGGUGCUUGGUCAGGAUUUGACUGUUUCUCAGUUUCUUGCAGCGGACAUUGACAAUAAUGGUUUCGUGAGCAAAUCAGAAUAUGUUGUAUACAAACUUAUAGAGAUGGAGAAAGUAUCUCAGAAAGACGUCGCACAGAUCUGCAAAACCUUUGACCGCCUAGAUGCUGGCAGCUGUGGAAGAAUUACUCUUGCUGAUCUUAUGCAAAGCCAUCAUCAUGAGAAUUAGACAAUUCUUUGAAAUUGAACAGAGAUAUAGUCGUCAUGCUAUCACACACCUAACUGGAAAAUUAACAAGCCAUAUCCAGCAGCAACAAGCCAACAAUUAAAAAAUUCUCAUAAACAGAAGAGAUCAAAGUAUGUUCAGAUCAUUUGGAAAAGGCGCCUUGUCGAAGAGAAUGUGGAUUACAGACCAGUUGGAAAAUUUCCAUAGUCCAUACCAGACGAUUGAUGCAUCUUUUGUCGUCUCUCAAAGCCUGCAAGUACAAGACAGUUGCUGCAAAUCCUCUUUGCUAUCUGAAACGAUGUGAUGAGCCAACAAACUAUUUUACUAGUUCAAAGAAUAACUUGUCUUCUAUCCUGAGAGAUAGAUGUGAAUAUUGGCAAAUAUUUAAUCUUCCUCUUCCCGCUCCAUAUAUUUUGAUUAUAUUCAUUAAAUUUGUCAAUGUAAAUGUUUGAAAUGCAUAAAAUGAAUAUUAGAUGGUGUGCA